CAUGAACUUUUUCACACUCGUGUCUCUGGCUCUGCCACUGACUAAAGAAAACUCACAGUUGCAUCCUUCAAGCGCUAGAGCUGAGCUGUGUGAUGAACAUACUGCAAGGGAAUCCCGUCCACCUUCACCUUCUCGUUCAACGAUCACUGAAAGGGUUGUCAUUUCCUCUGUUUUAAGCAGACUCGGGGAUCUUGAGAAACAGCUAGAAACUCUUCGCAUGAGGAAAUUCGAGAUGCCUCACGAGAAAGAGGAGUUGCUGAAUGCUGCUGUUUAUCGCGUGGAUGCACUAGAAGCAGAGCUCAUCACCACGAAAAAGGCGUUGCAUGAGGCUUUAAUGAGGCAAGAUGAACUUUUGAGUUACAUAGACCGGCAAGAGGAAGCUAAGUACCGGAGAAAGAAGUUCUGCUGGUGAAGAACUCGAGGUUGCGAGGUAAUUAGUAAAAAUUGGUUGUUCAGGGAUCUCAUUAUAGACCAUGGACCAUUGAUCACAAGUAGGUCUGAAAGCAAAUAUCUCUGUUGAUACGUAAUGUAUAUAAUA